AUGUACGUAAUCAGCUCAAGGCUAAGAUUCUGCUCCGUUCUAAGCACACGACUUCAGGGUGUCAGAUGGAAUUUCCCAGCCGUUGUAAUGCUAGGUGAAACGAUAUAUUAUUGGAUUGGAGCUUCCCUUGCAGUACUCUUCAUGCUUCUCGUUUGUCAUUGCAUAAGACAAAUGGGGGAAGACGGAGAAAAUGACAACACCAACACCACUCUAAGAACUGUCAACACGAAUGGAAUUCAAAGGGUAGCAGACAUUCAACGAGAUGGACAGGUGGAAAGGAUGGUAACGAGUACAAUGAACGACCCUUGGCAACAUGAAGAAGCGUUUGAUCAAAUUUUUAAUCCCGUUGCAGACAGUGCCCCUCGAUCAUAUAUUGAAGUUGAAGAUGAGACGGAAGCACCUCCGCCAAGUUAUGAAGAAGUUAUGAGGGCUUCACAGGAGGCUCCUCAUUCGAGAACACCGUCAAACGAUCAUCAUGUUACCACGUAUAUUUAAAUUUUAUAUGUGAAGGGUCUCGGUCAGCGGAAACAAGCUAAAAAGUGGGCGGGUGGUCACGCGGCUGUUUCCCUGACAACCGUAACCGCUGUCAGUCGUUCACCCGCUCUUUCACUGGCCUUUACCGAACGAGGACUUGAGACUGGCUACCUCCACGAAACUGUGAGGAGCCCUUGAGGGCUUCCACAGCCAUAUCUUGUUUGUUUGGUGGAAUUGUUAAUAAGACA